CGGGGCUUCUGGUCUGCCACGUCCAUUCCCGGCUCAUCCGGAUUCUGCUCCCAACUCGCAGCUCGGCACCGGCGAUUCUUUUUUAAUUUAAACUCAUCAACGUGAUUCUUUUAAUUGCUCUUCGUGCGCCGCCUCGCAUCGUCAUGGUUUCUGUAAUAAAUACCGUUGAUACUUCUCACGAGGACAUGAUUCAUGACGCCCAGAUGGAUUACUAUGGUACCCGCCUUGCCACUUGCUCUUCCGACCGAUCGGUCAAAAUUUUCGACAUCAAGAAUGGAGGGCAAAUCCUCGCUGCCGAUCUCAGGGGCCAUGAGGGUCCGGUGUGGCAGGUGGCGUGGUCGCACCCUAUGUUUGGGAGCGUGCUGGCCUCGUGUUCAUACGAUCGCAAAGUAAUUGUGUGGCGAGAGGAAAAUGGGAAAUGGGAUAAACUGCACGAGUAUGCCGGGCACGACUCCUCUGUGAACUCUGUAUCGUGGGCUCCCCAUGAGUUCGGUCUGGUUCUGGCCUGUGGCAGUUCCGAUGGGUGCAUCUCCGUGCUGUCAUGCCAGGCUGAUGGUACCUGGGAGGCCAAGAAAGUUAGCAAUGCUCACACAAUUGGGUGCAAUGCUGUCAGCUGGGCUCCUGCAGUCAUUCCUGGGAGCUUAUUGGAGCAGCCUUCUGGCCAAAAACCUGCGCUUACUCGUCGAUUCGUAUCGGGAGGCUGCGACAAUCUCAUAAAGAUCUGGAAGGAAGAGGAUGGCCAGUGGCAGGAGGAACAGAAGCUGGAGGCACACAGCGAUUGGGUGCGCGAUGUAGCGUGGGCGCCCUCUAUCGGUCUCCCUGUCAGCACAAUCGCCAGCUGCUCACAGGAUGGUCGCGUUUUCAUCUGGACGUGUGACGAUUUGUCCGAGAGCUCUUGGGCACCCAAGCUCCUCCACAAGUUCAAUGAUGUUGUGUGGCAUGUUAGCUGGUCCAUCACUGGCAAUAUCCUGGCUGUUUCUGGUGGAGAUAACAAGGUGAGCCUGUGGAAGGAGUCUGUGGACGGCCAGUGGGUGUGCGUGAGUGACGUCAACAAAGGACAGGGAGUUGCUCCGGGUGUCGGGGAUGCCCACCAGACGGAACAGUGAAUGCUUGGCCAUCAAGGCCCACACCAACUUUCACGUGUUCUUCACUCCCUCCAUCCCUCCGCCACUUGUGGUCCUGCAGACCAAAUGACGCCUCAGCCAAGUCACUCCAGCAGGAGACGCCUAGUGCAUGGCCCUGCCUGGGCCUGUAGCAACACAACAGUGGGAAUUUUUAAGGAAAUGUUGCUCAAAUGUCAGAUGAAUAAACAUAAUUAAGCACUCGCACAACAUCCAGGCAUACUUUUGAUCGGCUUACGUGGUGUUUUCCUCCACUUAUGAACAAAGUGUCUAGACAUGUACGGCUUUUUUCUAGCAUCUAAAUGUUGGAUAUGAAUUGUUUAUUGGAGGCAUUAAUGUAUGAAAUCAAUGGCUGAAAGUAUUGAUUAUGCAUAAGGAAAAAACUGCUUUUAAAUAUUGUUGAAAUUGAAAGGUUUGCAUUGCAUUCAUGGAGAGAAAUUGUUAUGUAAACAAGGUGGUACUAUGGGUUGUUUAAGGCAUUUUUACAGCUGUCCUUAAUGAAAAUGACAUUAAUUGCUAGGAAUGAGGACGUUUACAAACUUUUCUUUAUACGAUGCUCAUACUUGUGUUUGGCUGCACAAAAUCUGGGCAGAGUGGAUUGUUUGAAGAGGGUCCACUCGGCUGCAUUGUAUGCAAGUUAUGUAUUUGGACAACUUGAGCCAAAAGAAAACUUUCCUGUGGCUCAGACUUGAGACAAACUCAAACUAAACAUUGGAAAAGUAUUCGUGCAGAAACAUCUUGGUCUUUUUGAUUCGAAGGUUAAUAACGUGUAGACAUAGUCCAUUAUUUUCUGGCUUUUUAUGUGCUCACUGCAUUACUGUAAUGCAAACUUUGUGGAACAAACUUCCAUUCGGUUGAUGAGCAUUCAUACUGUAUAUAAUUCUAAUAAAUGUUUAAAACAUG